ACAGGUGACUACCAAGCUGGAAUAUGAAGUCGCAUAUGUUGGGUUUCAGUGCAGUUCUGCUGCUGUUGCUUCUGGUCUCGUCCUCAGUGCAAGAUCCUGUUAUUCGUUCGAGCUGUCUAACUACUACAAAUACUAGAAUUCCUUUUAAGAAUCUAGUUGGCUACAACAUCCAGAACAAACCCUUGUUCCCUGUAAUUGCUGUGAGAUUUCUUACAAUCAAAGGGUUCACAAUCUGCUCGGAUCCCUCCUCACCAUGGGCCAUAAAAGCAAUGAAGUACCUGGACGCAAAGAAGAAACAUCAGUCAGCCAUAAACUCUACAACUCGAGUAUGCUCUACUUCAGAGAAGCAGGUUUACAAUUACACACAGAACUUAACAGAGAUAUGGAACACAACACCCACGGAUACAGGAAACAAGACAGAAUGUCAUAUCCCAGUAACCAAACUGGAGCAGGAUUGGAGAGGAUCUAAUGAAACCACAGAGACAUUUCAGCCGGUUGGGCUAUCACAGGAGGAAGAGGGAUCAACCAUUAUGAACAACUCAUUACAAUUGCAGAAGAAAAAUGAGCAGGUUAAAUACUCAGACUCUUACUUUUGUUUGAAAGAGGAGCUGGUUAAAUACUCAGGCUCUAAAUUUUGUUUGAAAAAGGAGUAGGUUAACUCAGGUUACUCAGGCUCUCAGUUUUGUAUAUAUAUCUUUGUGAGGAUUUAUGAGCACCACCACACCUAACAACAUUGUCAAGUAAAGCCAUAUUUAUUUAAAUAGUGCUUUAUACAAUACAGAUUGUUUCAAAUCAGCUUCACAGUAAUAGAAAAUGUUGUGAAUGUGUUAAU